AUGAGAACAUUGCUUUAUUGUUUCAGGUUGAUGGAGAACUCCACCUACAACAGCCUCAUACUCCGGUUGGAGGGGUUAAAUGUCUCCAAUGAAUCGAUCUACCCAGUCUUUCUCUUUUUCUUUUGCUCCUAUCUGUUUAUACUGGUAGCUAACGUAAGCAUCCUGGUGCUGAUUUUCAUAGAUAAGAACCUUCACCAGCCGAUGUACCUCCUGUUUUGCAACCUUCCAUUUAAUGAUAUACUUGGAAACUCCAUCAUGGUUCCCCGGCUGCUGUCAGACAUCCUGCGUCCACCCUCCGAGCGCCUCAUCAGCUACUACGAGUGUGUGCUGCAGGCGUUCACCUCUCACAUGUUCGGCACCACCUGUCACACCAUACUGAUGAUCAUGGCCUUUGACAGAUACGUGGCCAUCUGUAAUCCUCUGCGUUACGCCGCCAUCAUGACCAGCAACAUGGUGGUCAAGCUGACCGUGUCUGCCUGGGGCGUGGCCUUUGUUCUGGUGGGGAUUCUGCUGGGUUUGACCAUAAGACUGAACCGAUGCAGGACUCUGAUCACGAAUCCUUACUGUGACAACGCCUCGUUGUUCAAACUCUCCUGUGAGAGUGUGUUUAUUAAUAACAUCUACGGCCUCACCUUCACCGUGGUCCUGUUCUCAGCGUCUAUCGGCAGCAUAGUUCUCACCUACGCUAAGAUCACAGUCGUGUGUGUGAUCAGUAAAAACCAGUCUCUGAACAGUAAGGCCCUGAAGACCUGCAGCACUCACCUGAUGGUGUAUAUGAUCAUGAUCUUUAGUGGAAUGUCUAUUAUUAUUCUGCAUCGCUUCCCUCAGUACUCCGACUACAGGAAACUCUCCAGCAUUCUGUUCCACGUGAUCCCCGGCAGCUUGAACCCCGUCAUCUACGGAGUCCAGUCCAGAGAGAUACGAAGAUUCUUGUCAAAAUUGUUUGAGCACAAGAAAAUUUGA